UCAAAGAUGGCGGCCGCUACUGAAGGAGGAACGGUGACYGUUCGUUUUAUAAGAUCCUUAGAAUACAGAAACUUUAAAACURUUACCUUUCACAAUGUGGAUUUGGAUCAGACAACGGAGCAAUUUAUUUUCUUUGCUUUGAAAGAUAUCAAACACAGAACUGGCAUUCCACCACCAUUCAAGGCAUUUGCUUAUGAUACUUUAAAAAUUCAACACAAAGCCCAUGGGGCAAAGACAAAUGAUCCAAUCAUUCGAACGGAUGAUGAUGAGUCAUUGAUUCUAAAAAGUGGUUUAACAUUGAACGAGAGUGGUGUAGAAAAUGAAACAGAAUUGUCAUUUUUUAAGUUUAAAGACUAUUUAGAGUACAAAAAGAAUCCUGUUCUCAAGUGGUAGAAGAAUACUAAUGUCAUGGCCAUCCAUGCCAGAUUGCAAUACUUUCUGCCUUACAGAAGAGACAGAAGAGUUUUCCCAUAAUUCCACCCAAUGGAAGGGGUAUAGAAUGGUGUCUCAGAAAUCAUGAGGCUCGCCAAUGCUCCCAAGCUUGGCGCUUAAAAGAAAGGGGCUCUUUAAAACGAGGGGCUCGCAGUCUCAGUGAGGCUCGAAUUUUACCAUUGAAUACCCCUAAUGGAACAUUAGAUAUGGCAAAAAAAAUUCUACUUUUAGCUAAACAAGAAAGCAAUGGAAUCAAAUUUAUUUUUUUGGGUUGACAUUUAAUAACAGUCGUUCUAGGGAUCAAAACUUUGUAAAAAGAAAUAAAUGUAUAGAUAUCAUAAUAAAUU